GCUGCUCGGAUUGUCACCCCCUUAAACGAGACCUAGAACCAGAAUAAUCAGGCGCUUAAAGUCCUUCGCCUUGAAGUGGAACUUGUCCAACCGGUACUGGUACGACACGUGCAGCCGCUUGAACUCUCCGUCCUUUGGUGUGUCCUCCGGAAACAGCAUGCUUUGAUUGAAACGUCAGGUUUCUUCAUCACCUUGGCCAGCUCCGAAUUGCCGCAAAUAACAUCCGCAUUGGCACCCUUCUCGGCAAGCAAUUUCACUCGUUCUUUUGAGCAACCUUGCACAAGUGAUAGGCCGCUGGCCGCUGAACAGUCAAUAAAUCCCUAAAUUGGCUGGCGAAGUAGUUCCGGCUGAACGCCAAAACUGUCCCGGUUCAUGGAAAGGGAAAACAAAUCUGCUCAAGAAGCUUCCGAAAUCCGACCCAAAAUCCCAAGAAAGACUGCUCGAACCUGAGCCAGUUAAACGACUUGUGCAACAGCUCCAAUAACGUGCUCGACCUUUGCUAUGCCAGCUCAAAUGUACCUGUCAAUUGUGCCCUCCUCACAGCACCUUCACCUCUCGUGAAAGACGUUCGUCACCACUUGCCCUUCCUGGUUUCUAUCUCGUGUACAGUGUUCACCUUUAGUGACACGAACGGUAGUAACUUCAUAGACUACCGCAAUGGUAACUACGAAGGUAUGAACGAAUUCUUGGCAACCAUUAACUGGACUCGACUGAUGGCCAAUCUCGACGCCAACGAAGCUGCUGUUACUUGGACGGAAAUUUUGACGCAAGCUAUCAACGUCUUCAUCCCGAAGAAACAGCGGCAACCUCCUCAACAUCCACCAUGGUCUACUCACCGCCUGAAGAAGCUUAAGACCGUGAAACGUGCCGCACUCAAGAAAUAUGCCAAGCAUCCGACAGAUCGUUGGAAAAACCACUACAGAUCUAAGAACCGGAAGUACAGUUUGUUAAACAACCAACUUUUUCGCCGCCACCUGAACCGCAUCCAGAGCCGCUUGAAACGUGAACCCAAAAAGUUUUGGAACCACGUCAACGAGCAGCGGAAAGAAACUGGUCUCCCAACCUCGAUGGUACUCGACGGUGAUGAGGCUACAACCACCGAGAGUAUUUGUGACCUUUUCCGGCGCCAGUUCUGCAGUGUCUUCAAUAACGAAACUGUAGCAGACUCGCAAGUUGCUAGGGCUGCUAGUAACGUUCCACUGCGACCUCCCAUCGGACCUCAUCCGGUGAUAAGCUCCGAGUCCGUUCGCCGUGCCUGCGCCCGCCUGAAGAGUUCCAACAGCUGUGGACCGGAUGGCAUCCCCGCGGUUGUACUCAAAAAGUGCAGAAACGGAAACAAAUUGACGCCAUCUACACGGAGCUAUCGGCAGCAUUCGACAAGCUAAACCACCGUAUUGCUGUUGCUAAACUCGAGCGACUAGGCUUCAGCGGUUCUCUGCUCGAAUGGCUUCGCUCCUACCUCACCGGACGAGAAAUGAGCGUGAAAGUGGGUGACGUAAUUUCUGCCAUAUUUGCUGUUUUUUCAGGCGUCCCCCAAGGCAGCCACCUGGGUCCCCUGAUUUUUCUCCUCUAUAUGAACGACGUGCACCCUCUGCUUAAAUGUCACAAGCUGUCUUACGCGGACGACAUAAAGCUUUUCACUGUUAUCGAGGAGACCGGAGACUGUCAGUUUCUUCAAGAGCAGCUCAACCGGUUUGCCAACUGGUGCUCCGAUAACAGAAUGGUUCUAAAUGCAACUAAGUGUUCAGCAAUCACUUUCACCCGCAAACGCAACAAAAUUUCCUUUGACUAUACUCUUUCAAACACCACCAUACCUCGGACGUCCUGUGUGAAAGAUUUAGGCGUGAUGCUGGAUAGCAAAAUGACAUUUACUGACCAUAUUACGUAUAUGGUUUCCAAAGCUUCCAAAACAUUAGGAUUCGUCUUUAGGAUAGCUAAGCAUUUUCGAGAUUUAGGCUGUCUCAAAGCUCUUUAUUGCUCGCUGGUUCGUUCUACGCUCGAGUACUGUUCCACGGUUUG